AUGCACGCCGCCGCUCAUGGUAGAAUCGUUCAACUUUCUCGUAUCCGGAAGGAAAUCGCUGAUCUCACAAAAAACAAGCGGUGCUACAUCAAAGAUUUUCGAAAAGUUCAAAAGUGCAAAGAUGUGUUUCAAUUCAAGAUAGUUGGGGAUACUGUAUUGUUUAAGGAUCUCAUAUUCACAUUGAAUCUUGAUGUCAGCAUUGAUUAUCCGUUCAAAGCUCCAUUCUUGAAAUUUUGUCAUCCGGUGUACCACCCGAAUGUGGAUCCCUCUUCCCACGAGUUGUGUUCUCCGAUGCUUCUUCAGGAGAAUUGGAAACCAGAUACUACGAUGGAAGACGUCCUGAUUAACAUGAUUGUCCUGCUCAAUGAGCCAGAUUUAUCUCGUCCGGUGAAUUUCGAUGCGGCUGCCGAUUAUAUGAAUGACAAGGCAGUUUACCUGAAAAAGUUUAAAGAGGUGGCACAGAAGUGGUGA